UUUUUACCGCUAGGUCAGCCCAGAACAAACAUGCCCAACACGAUGGUUCGAUGGUCCCACACAAUGUCAGGCCAUCAUCGCUUCAUUUCUAGUGUGCGGGCUGAAGUUAGGGAGCGUUUGGACACUCUGGUUCAACGUCAUCGUGUAGAGUUGUUUAAUACAUAAUAUAAUUCUACCACAGCAAUCUGUUCGGGUAAUUGCUGCUGUUAACUUGCUGUUGUUUAUUUUGAUUAGACUGACAUUAUUAUAAGAGCAAGCUCGCACAAUAUCAUCGGUAGAAAAUCAUCAAGAAAUUACAGCACCAAAUUUAGGUGCUUUAUUCAAAAUGGGGCCCCUAGCACGUCCUAGACAGCAUAUUGACCGAAAAGAUUUAUACACCAACCUCGAAGCACGAAUCCAAUAUCUUCACUCUUUCAUUGAUUUCAGUUCAAACGAUAUCGAAGCCUUAAUAUCGGGUUCCAAGUACAUAAAACAGCUUAUUCCCGCAAUCGUUAAUAUUGUCUACCAAAAGUUGCUACAAUAUGAUAUCACAGCGCGUGCAUUGGAGACUCGGAGCACAAGCUAUGAGGGGCCAGUGGACGAUAACCUCAACGAAAGCAGCCCGCAGAUCUUGCAUCGCAAGAUGUUCCUAAGAGCUUACCUCGCGAAAUUGUGUUCCGAUCCCAGUACCAUGGAAUUCUGGGAAUAUCUAGAUAAAGUUGGCAUGAUGCAUACGGGACGCGGACGUGAGCAUCCCCUGCACGUCGAAUAUGUCCACAUUGGCGCAUGUCUUGCCUUCAUCCAAGAUACACUAACGGAGGCACUUCUUUCUCACCCACGUUUACGAAUGGACAAAAAGAUUGCGUUGGUUAAGGCCAUCGGCAAGGUCAUUUGGGUCCAGAACGACCUGUUUGCUAAGUGGUAUGUGCGCGACGGUGACGAAUACGCCAACGAGAUGGAGAAGCAGGAGGUCGAAGCCGAAGGAUUUUUGCAUGGCAAAAAGAUAUUGGAAGACAUCGAGGAAGGGAUACCAUCUUCGCCGACCUGCCCAUUUUCGGGUUUCUCUGCUACGGCGAAGGCUGAUGCUUGCAGUGGAUGCGGAGAUAAGACAGAAAACCAGAAUGGUUGUUCGACAGCAUUGCCGUUACGACCGCAUGUCGAAACAAAUUGAGGGGUGAGGUUUUUCUCAUGUUGGGCUAGGUUUGGGGGGGGUUAUAGGGGAGACGGCAUCAAGGUUAAUGGGAUACUACAUGUUUAUACUUAUUAUUGCCACUAAAAUAUACCGUCUACUACCUGUAUUUACAGAGGUUCCUAAAGAAGAUCCAUCAGUCGCG